AUGGCUGAUUACACCUACAAUUAUAAUUAUGACACUAAUUAUUAUGAUUAUUAUGAAAACCAACGCGAUAACUAUGACAACAUCAUUUUUUAUUCUGGAAAUUUCAAUUUUUUCCUGGAAUUUUUCACAAUUUUCGUGAAUAUUUUCCAUCUAAUUGCCUUAUUUCAAAAGGAAAUUCGAACGAAUCCAAUUUUUAUUUUAAUGAUUGGAAUUUCAAUUUCCGACACCUCGAAUUUCGGAAUUUCGGUUUAUUUGGAAGGGACCGAUAGGAAUUGGUAUCAUCGAUUUUUUGAAUUUUCAAAUUUGGAUUGUUUGAGAGAAGAUUUCAUAAUUUUCAAUUUCGGUUAUGAGACUUUGAAAUGCAUCCAAAAUUCAACCCGCUCAAUUUCAGUUUGCCUCUCAAUUCUGAUGGCUCUUAUUCGAACAUUAUCAAUUUUAUUCCCUCUGAAAAAAUUUACAGACAAAAUUUCCAGUCAAUUUUCUUCCAAUAUAUUGAUUUUUGUUUUUUCAAUUUUUUGGAUUUUCUAUUAUUCUUGGAAUUUUCUAUUUUUAAGGAGUCUAUGGUAUCCUGAUAAUCUAUGUGAAGAUUCGGAAAUUCAAGAAUUGAAUCGAAAUUUAACAAUUUUUGCAUUGGCAAUCCCGGAGAAUAUAUAUGUUUUGAUGAAUCAAAGAGAAGUUUGGGAAUAUUGGGUUCGAAUUGUUCCUGCGACUUUUUAUCCAAUUUUGAGUAUUCAAUUAUUAUGGAAACUGGCAGAAAUCAAACGGCUGAGAAGGAGAACUAGUGAUAAUUUAAGUGAUAAAAACAAAGAACAAUCCGACAAUCUGACCAUACUAAUUUUAUUCAUGACAGUUAGUUUUAUGUUAUCAGAAGGACUAGACGGAAUUCGAUCAUUUUUACUUAUCACUUCAUAUUCAUGGUCCGACGAAUACAGUAAUAUCAGGUACAGUAACCCAAAUUUUCUCCAAAACUAA